CUGUGGGAGGCUCCUCUGUGUGCAGCUUCGUUGUUGUUCUGAUCAAAGAUGGCUGCUGUUGUUGCGGAUGGAGAAUGAGCACAGGCUGUCAUCCGAACACAGGCCGAGGGAACGCACUCAAACACGCCGAGUAACAGGCCCUGAAACCCGGCUGGACUGAAGCCGAAUCAGCCUGAACGGAACCUGAUUUUUUUCUGAAGGGGGCGCACUGACAGACCGCAGACAUGGACACCACCACGUCCAUCAAGAUGACCACCCUGGCCAUCCAGAACCUGUUCAGCUAUGUGGAGGAGGAGAACCUGUCCGCCAUGAAGGCUCACCUGGACCGCUUCAAGGAGGUGGACGGACGCAGUGACAACGGUCAGACGCCGCUCAUGCUGGCGGCCGAGCAGGGCAGUCUGGAGAUCGUCCAGGAGCUGAUCCGCCGAGGAGCCAACGUCAACCUGGACGACGUGGACUGCUGGUCGGCCCUGAUCAGUGCAGCUAAAGAGGGUCACAUGGAUGUGGUGAAGGAGCUGCUGGAGAACAGCGCCUACAUCGAGCACAGAGACAUGGGCGGCUGGACGGCUCUGAUGUGGGCGGCUUACAAAGGACGAGUGGACGUCGUGGAGCUGCUGCUGGAGCAUGGAGCGAACCCCAACACUACAGGACAGCAGUACAGUGUGUAUCCCAUCAUCUGGGCCGCAGGACGAGGACAUGCAGACAUCGUCAAGAUUCUGCUGGAGAACGGAGCCAAGGUCAACUGUUCUGACAAGUAUGGAACCACUCCUCUGAUCUGGGCCUCCAGGAAAGGACACUUUGACUGUGUGAUGCACCUGCUGGAGAACGGAGCCGACGUGGACCAGGAGGGGGCGAACUCGAUGACGGCUCUUAUCGUGGCGGUGCGAGGCGGGUACACCGAGGUGGUGAAGGAGCUGCUGAAGAGGAACCCGAACGUCAACAUGACGGACAAGGACGGGAACACGGCGCUCAUGAUCGCCGCCAAGGAGGGCUACACCGAGAUCGUGCAGGACCUGCUGGACGCCGGGACGUACGUCAACAUCCCAGACCGGAGUGGAGACACGGUCCUGAUCGGAGCGGUGAGGGGCGGUCACGUGGAGAUCGUCAGAGCUCUGCUGCAUAAAUACGCCGACAUCGACAUCAGAGGACAGGAGAACAAAACCGCUCUCUACUGGGCCGUGGAGAAAGGAAACGCCACCAUGGUGAGAGACAUCCUGCAGUGCAACCCCGACACAGAGACCUGCACUAAGGACGGAGAGACGCCGCUGAUCAAAGCCACCAAGAUGAGGAACAUCGAGAUCGUGGAGCUGCUGCUGGACAAGGGGGCCAAAGUGUCCGCUGUGGACAAGAGAGGAGACACGCCGCUCCACAUCGCCAUCCGUGGACGGAGCCGGCGCCUCGCCGAGCUCCUCCUCAGGAACCCCAAAGAUGGCCGCCUGCUGUACCGUCCCAACAAAGGAGGAGAGACGCCGUACAACAUCGACUGCAGCCAUCAGAAGAGCAUCCUGACGCAGAUCUUUGGAGCGCGUCACCUGUCCCCCACGGAGACGGACGGGGACAUGCUGGGCUACGAUCUGUACAGCUCCGCUCUGGCCGACAUCCUCAGUGAGCCCACCAUGCAGCCGCCCAUCUGUGUGGGUCUGUACGCUCAGUGGGGCAGCGGCAAGUCCUUCCUGCUGAAGAAGCUGGAGGAUGAGAUGAAGACGUUUGCCGGGCAGCAGAUCGAGCCGUUGUUCCAGUUCUCCUGGCUCGUCGUCUUCCUGUCCGUUCUGCUCUGCGGCUGCGUCGCCGUCGUCCUCGGCUUCACCGUCGACCCAAAACUCGCCAUGGCCGUGUCACUGAGCCUGCUCGCCCUGCUCUACCUCUUCUUCGUGGUGGUGUACUUCGGCGGGCGCCGUGAGGGCGAGAGCUGGAACUGGGCGUGGCUUAUCAGCACCCGUCUGGCGCGUCACAUCGGGUACCUCGAGCUGCUGCUGAGGCUGAUGUUUGUGAACCCGCCGGAGCUGCCGGAGCAGAGCACCCGGGCGCUGCCUGUCAGGUUCCUGUUCACCGACUAUAACCGCCUGUCGAGCGUCGGAGGAGAGACAUCGAUGGCCGAGAUGAUCGCCACGCUGUCUGACGCCUGCGAGAGAGAGUUCGGCUUCCUCGCCACGCGUCUGUUCAGAGUGUUCAAGACGGAGGAGACGCAGGGUAAGAAGAAGUGGAAGAAGACUUGCUGCGUCCCGUCCUUCAUCCUCUUCACCUUCGUGCUCGCCUGCCUGCUCACCGGCAUGGGGCUGCUCGCCGUCUUCAAGGUGGACGGGGAUAACCACACGGUGAACGCCGUGCUGAUCGCCAUCGGCAGCGUGGUGGGCCUCGCUCUGCUGCUGAACGUCAGGACGUGGUGGCAGGUGACCGACUCGGUGCUGAACUCCCAGAGGAAGAGGCUCCACGGCGCCGCCAACAGGAUGCACAAGCUGAAGAGCGAGGGCUUCAUGAAGGUGCUGAAGAACGAGGUGGAGCUGAUGGCGAAGAUGGCGAAAACUAUUGAUGGCUUCACGCAGCAUCAGACGAGGCUGGCGGUCGUCAUCGACGGGCUGGACUCGUGUGAGCAGGACAAAGUGCUGCAGAUGCUCGACACGGUGAGGGUGCUGUUCUCCAAAGGCCCCUUCAUCUCCAUCUUUGCCAGCGACCCUCACAUCAUCAUCAAGGCCAUCAACCAGAACCUGAACAGCGUGCUGCGAGACUCCAACAUCAACGGGCACGACUACAUGAGGAACAUCGUCCACCUGCCCGUCUUCCUCAACAGCAGAGGACUCUCCAGCGCCAGGAAGAUGUGCGCCGCCGCUCCCGCUAACGGGGACACCGCCAACACAGAUGCAGGUUGGCACGAGGAGUUGGACCGGAAACUGUCUCAGCACAGUCUGGGAGAACUGACCAAGUUUGGUAGCAAGACGACUCUCAACCGCAGGGAUACGUACCGGCGUCGUCAGGUGCAGCGCUCGGUGACCCGUCAGAUGUCGUUCGACCUGACGAAGCUGAUGGUGACGGAGGAUUGGUUCAGUGACAUCAGCCCGCAGACCAUGAGGAGGCUGCUCAACAUCGUCUCUGUCACAGGUCGUCUGCUGCGAGCCAAUCAGAUCAGCUUUAACUGGGACCGCCUGGCGUCCUGGAUCAACAUGACGGAGCAGUGGCCCUACAGGACGUCCUGGCUCAUCCUCUACCUGGAGGAGACCGACGGAGUCCCGGACCAGGCCACACUCAAGAGCAUCUACGAGAGGGUGUCCAAAAACAUCCCGACCACCAAAGACGUGGAGCCGCUGCUGGAGAUCGACGGAGACGUCCGCAGCUUCGAGGUCUUCCUGUCGUCUAGAACCCCCGUCCUCAACUCCAGGGACAUCCGCACGUUCCUGCCCUGCACCGUCAACCUGGACCCCAAACUGAGGGAGAUCAUAGCAGAUGUUCGAGCUGCCCGAGAGCAGAUGAACAUAGGCGCCGUCACAUACCCGCCCCUCCCCCUGCAGGAGCCUCAGCCCCGCCCCGUCUCCAUGUACUCUCAGGUGUCAUCCACCUGCUCUCCCUCCGCCUCCUUCAGCGGGCCCUUCAACCCGCCAGCAGGGGGCGUCGUCUCCCCGCAGCCUCACAGCAGCUACUACAGCGGCAUGGCUGGACCGCAGCACCCCUUCUACAACAGGCCAUAUUUCCCCCAUCACCUUUACCAGCUGCCACGCCCCCUGGUGGCCUCCUACACAUCACACCUCCAUCCACGCCCACCACGCAAAAACUCCUUCAGCCGGGACGCCGUCGCACCUGGUUCGGCCUCCGUGGUGUCGGGCGCUCCCUCCAUCCUCCUCAGCUCCAUGACGACGGAGUCCGUCUGCGAGCGCGUGCGACAGAUCGAUGGAAUCGACCAGAGCAUGAUGGGACAGUACAGCGCCACCAUCAGGAAGGCGAACGUGAACGGCAGAGUUUUGUCUCAGUGUAACAUCGACGAGCUGAAGAAGGAGAUGAGCAUGAACUUUGGAGACUGGCAGCUCUUCAGAGCCACGGUUCUGGACAUGCGGAUCAUAGAGAGCCAGGUUCUGCAGGAGGAAGCUGCCAGCGAGCAAGGCAGCGUGGUGGGCGGUCACACCGAGGUGGGACGGCGAGCCAUGGCCCCGCCCCACGCCGGCGCUGCCAACACGGACGCCUCGCCGAUGUACAGCUUCAACCUGAGCUUCGAGGAGCUGAGCAACGUGGGGCUGGACGAAACGGCACGCCACGGAAACAUGCAGUGGAUGGGUGGCGCUCACAGGACCGCCAGCAUGACGAGUCUGAACUCUCAGGAGUCGUCCAACGACAUCGGGAAGCUGACCGACAAGCAGCAGGACGAGUACCGCGACGCCUACCAGGAGUACAUCGCUCAGAUGGCUCAGCUGGAGAUGGGCGGCGGCGGUGGAGAGCGGCCCGUCCAACCACAGCCGCUACAGUUCAUGACAUCAUCAUCGGAGGACAAGAACAAAGACGGCGGCGGCGAGCAGGACGCACGCAAGUCCUUCAACAAGAGGAGCGGCGGCAAACUCCCGGCGGACAACACCGACUUUGCCUCCAACGGGGACGCUCUGGAUCCUAUCACCGAGGAGGAUGAGAAAGGCGACCACGGGUCCUCCAAGUCCCUCCUGACCCGCAAGACCUCAGCGGAGAGGGGCGGGUUGUUUCAGGGCGCCGCCGACCUGAAGCUGAAGGCAGCGGGCGGGCUGCGUUACCAGAAGCUGACAAGUGAUGACGAGGAGUCCGAGGAGUCCGAUAACGCCCCGCUGCUCAAAGACGGGAAGAAGCUGGUGGACCCCAAACUGCCCGGAGGCUCACUGGCCCUGAAGGGGAAGGACUACCUGUCGGACGCCAUGUUGGACAAGAAGGACUCGUCUGACUCAGGAGUCCGCUCCAACGAGAGCUCGCCGAACCACUCGCUGCAGGACGAGGAGGCGGAUCUGUCCCAGCUGGAGAGGGCCAACCUGAUCGAGCUGGACGAGGAGAGCCAGGCCAGGAAGAGAGGACUUCCCAGCAGCCUCAGCGGCCUGCAGGACCCGACCGUGGCCCGCAUGUCCAUCUGCUCCGAGGACCAGUGCAGCCUGCUCGCCAGCAGCCCCGAGGAGAGCUGGACCUCCUCCAAGUCCUUCAACCUGAACCGGACGCCCAGCAACGUCACGCUCAACAACAACACCAACGCCCAGCAGGGCAACCGCCCCCGCCCCCCAGCAGAGGGCUCCACCUCCUCCUCCUGCAACCCCACCUCCUCCUCCUCCUCCUGCAGCGACGCCAUCAUCUCCCCGAGCUCCGGGACCACCACCACCUCCAGCACCACCACCACCUCCACCGGGACCCGGCCCGGGCCCAACAACGAGAACGUACGGGUGGUGCACCUGAAGAGGGGUCUGAAACCAGGAGACCCGCCGGAGAUCUGCACCGUGUCCUCGGACACCGUGACCUUCGGGGAGGAGCGGGAGAGCAUCCUGUGACCUCAUCAGUUAGGAGAGCACUGAGGGUCUGCCUGGACCCGCCUCAGCCCUCAGAGUCUGGCGGUUUCAGGUGGACUCGUAGUUUUACCUGUGCUGUGAUUAUCAGUGUUCAGCUGCAUGCUCACGAAUGUAGUCCGUAGAAAAGUCGUAACUUGACGAUGCUGCAUGUCGUCGUCUUCGUCGUCGUCGUGUCGUGAUUCCCCGCCUCCAGGAGUCAACACUUAAAAACACUCCAUUCACUUUAUUUUUAACGAUUCUCUUCGCCAGAAGACGAUGAAAACUUUAUUUCGUUAGCGAGAAAAAAAAUCGGCGCUGAAAUCUGCGACGUCACUCUGCCCCCUGGUGGCCGCUGUAUGAGCUGCAACUCUAAACACACUAGAUGGCAGCGUGACACUGAUCUGUCAUCUUAAAGGGAAAGUAUUUAAAAAGUGCGAUGCAGUUUAAUGUGAGACGUGAUCGUACAACAGCGCCCCCUGUGGCCAACGCGGGUACUGCACUUCAAAUAUUCACAUUUUAAUGAAGUUUGUGUUGAUGAGUCACAAAUAAAAUAUCACUGAAAUAAUGAUGAAAAUAAAGUGAAGCAUCGACAGGAAGACAGCGUUAAUAAGGAAAUACUACAAAAUAAAAGCAUAAUAUAUGAAGGACGUUUGUCGGAAACUGCAGAAAAAAUUAAAAGUGUGAAAUAUUUAUAAUUUAUUAACUUUAAAAAAAACACUAAAUGAAGUAUGAAAUACUAUCAAACAAACAUUAACUCAGUCAUCAUGUUUAAACUUCCUGUUUGUUGCUCUGGAGGCCGUAACCUGCUGCUGCAGUUUCUCACACACAGAUUUUAGAUCCUCUUUUAUUUUGAAAAAUUCUGGUUAUUGCUGAGAGAAAAUUAAUUAAAUAACUGAGCUGAAAAACGCUGAAAAUGACGUCUUAUUUUGAAAAGACGAACCAAAACAAAGCACUAAAUGUCGUGUCUUCACGUUUCUCGUACAUUUCCGUUUUUUGCAGGAUUUCAAAGUAAAUCAAAAGAAAGAAACGAUAAACCGGAACGAGUCGUGACGAGAUCUCGACAUGCUGAGUGUGUGUAAACGCUGCUUCUCCAUCAGUAUUAACUCGUAUCAGUUUACAGUGUGUGUGUGUGUGUGUGUGUGUGUGUGUGUGUGUGUGUGUGUGUAGAAUUAUGACGUAGUUUAUCAAUCUGUGAUCGUGUUGAAGUGUCGUGAAGUCGGAUCAGAGCUGAUACUGAGAACUGGAGGCUUUUAUUUUGAAGGUUUGACUUUUAAAACAAGAAGAAUGUGUUUAAAGUUUAAAUCAAUUAAAAAGAAAAAAAUGACUCAACAGAAAAGACGAAAGACGUGACCGUGUCUUCAGAAAUUUAAAGUAUUUAAAUGAAAUAUUAAACACAGGUAAAGAAAAUGUUCCCCGCACGUUGAGGUGACUAAAAAUGAAGUUUAAAGAAUUGUCAGAAAAUAAAAUAACUCAUUCUCAGCUCAGAUUUUAGAUCCUCUUUUAUUCUGAAAAAUUCCUGUUAUUGCUGAUUGAAAUUGAGAGAAAAUUAAUUAAAUAAUUGAGCUGAAAAACACUGAAAAUGACGUCUUAUUUUGAAAAGAUAAACCAAAACAAAACAACUAAUUCUCAGUAUGGGCUCAGACGUUGUGUUCAGGUGUCGUCUGUAAAUCUGCAUGUUGGUGUUUUAGUGUUGGAACCUCUCAGUGCUCUCGAACUCUCUAAACGUCUAAAAGUGAAUUUAUGUGAAAAAGAACUAAAAUAAAGUCUGGAUGUUAAACGUU